UUUACUUACUAUUCGUUUCGUAAGCAUCGUGAGAGUGGCAGUGAGGCGUGGGAAGCCAAUAGUAGUGUGUGAACACCACCUCCACCAACAACCAUAGCAAGAUGCUUCGCGUGGUGCGACAAAACACUUACAAGACGCAAAUGUCUCACCUCAGCUCAGAAUUCUUCGACUACGAGGAUAUAGAGGAUGAGGCAGCAGCAGCCUUGCUUGCUAGACACAUUAUGGGGCUAGUGCACCGUGCGCGUAAGAACCGGUUGCUCAAUCUCGCCCACGGACACCGUCCGAUGCCAGCACACAACACCCAGGGUGGACCUGGAGCUCAAUGGUUAAACAAGAUUCUACCAGGAGCCAAGACUAGUGUGCAAGUGUUUCUGCCACAGGAUUUCCUUGAACGUGUUGUCAGGGAUAUCGUCAGAAUGGUGGAGGGUGAAGCUAAUGGAAUUAGAGGUUGCACCUUACGUGUAGAAAUAUGGGAUGGUGAAAAAAGGGUUGUAAUUGGAAACAUUGUGUGUGACCCCAAGGUGGCCUCCAGAUACACUCUAUAUGUCAGGCUGGUCAGAGCCCCAUCACCUGCCACACAACAAUCUACUCUCUGGUUCCUGAGCAGCAAUAACAAUGAGGCAAUCUACAUUAGUCCAGGCUACCAACUAGAGAAAAGACGUCAUAUGAUAGUCUGAGGUCCAGCAUCCUCUUCCUGGAGUACCAACUAGUUACAGGGGCGGGAAAAUGGCCCUGAUCAGUCCUCUUCGUGGUGCUGCAGCUGCCACCCGAUUCAUACUGUACUUGUACAAUGUUAAAUUUAUCACACACCUCGGCAUUUCCUUAAUAAUGCUAACUAAUUCAUUAACCAUUUAGUUGCUCUCCACACUUGAUCAUAUUUAUGACUCAUUUAAUAAAUCCCCCCCCAGUCAUAUUCAUAAAUCUUUGUCAAUCAUACACUAUAUUCAUAUUCAAACAAUGAAUCAUUAAUUUAUAUUUAGUAUACUGUACAUUAAUUUAUAUUGAGUAUGCAAAGUCAUAGAUAUAAACCGUUACAGUAUACUGUAUAUUUUUAUAGCAUUUUUCAGAAUAAAAGUAUUAAUAUAUAAA